AUGGACCGGUUCCACGACAGGCACCACGUGCGGCUGCGGAGCCGCGUGCAGCGCACCUACCUCCACGCCGCCGACGACGGGGAGAGCGUCACCCUCAGCCAGCUCCGCGCCUCCAUGAACGCGGCGUGGGCGGUGCACAUCUACAACGGCGACGACGGCCCGUACCUGCUCCUCCACAGCGCCGCCUGCGGCCGCUACCUCGCCGCCACGGCCACGCCGGCGAGGCUCGGCCACCGCGGCCUCCGCGCGGAGCUGCGCGACUACGACCAGCCGGGCGUGGAGGCCGUCAUGUGGCGGGCCGUGGGGUCGGGCUUCGCGGACGACGUCGUCCUGCUCCGCAACGUCGGCGGCCGCUACCUCCGCGCCAACGGCAGGUACCUCCCCUGGAACUCCUCCGGCGUCAGCGUCGACGACGAGGCCAGCGCCAGCUCCAUGAUGUACUGGGUUGUCGAGCCCAUCCCCGCCAGAGACCGCUGGAACAUGCCCUUCCUUCCUGACCCGCCUCCGCUCUUGAUAUACCUCCUCGGGGUCAUCUACCCGGAGCCGGGACGGCUGAUCCGGUUCGUGCGGGCGCAAGACGACGGGCACUACCCCGAGGCCGAAGGCUGGCAGCAGUUCUGGUUCAGGGGGAGGUCCGCGUUUCGCCUGAGGGACGACCUGGGGUUACUCGUCGGCGCCGGCGUGUACUACCUGAACAUCACCAUGUGCGUCCGAGCGGGCCGCCACGGGAGGCUGACCCCGCUCGUUGUCAACCUGCCCGACGGCGGCUAUGGCGAGACCCUCGAGAUUGUCGUCUUCAUGGCCGACACCCCUGCAUACAAUGAGCUGCGACACCCGGAUGUCGACGCGGAGUAG